UUUGUUUGAUUAGGUUUGUUGUUUCCACCUUUUAUUCCAAUGUUAUUUAGAGUCUGCCCUUUCCGUUUUUUAUUUUUUCAUCCUCUGAAAAUAGCUCGGAUUCGUAUUUUGCGAGGGUAGAUUGUGGUGAAAGAUACUCAAGCUCAACCUGAGUCGUGUCAUGGAUGGCAAAUUGUAUUUGCAUCUACGGAACAAAUCGGGGAAUAUAGAAUAACUCCUGCUGACAGAGAAAAGGACAAAUGACAUAGGAUGUACACUGCUGGUCAUCUCUGUCUGUCUGUGCUAUCAUCCUUUUUCGCACUGGCCUGGGCUGUGGAGCCACUGGGCCAGGCUGCCCCCUGCUCCUCUCUGGUGGCUGGAGUCUUAUACGGCUCCUUCUCACUCAGGGACCUCUUUCCCAGGCCGUCCACUCUGGCAUCCGGAUGCUCCUGGACUGUGGAGAACCCUGACCCCACCAAGUAUUCGCUCUAUUUCCGCUUCAAUCGCCAUGCCGGCGCCUGUUUAGCUUUUUCCCCACUGGUGCUGCCCCUGGACCACUACCUCUCGAACCAGACCUGUGGCCCCCCAGACCAGCCCACCUUCCCCUCGGACCCUGAAGCCGUCGAGCUUUGCAUGGUCCCAGGACCCCACACGUUUCUGCAGUUCGAUAAGAACUUUGUGCAGUUGUGCCUGACCACUCAUCCCAACAAAGACGGAGACAACAGAGAUGGGCUGUCUGAGGGCCAGGCCCCCUUGUCGGCGGAAACUCUGGACUUCCGGCUCGUAGAGGUUCUGCUCAUUAAUAAUGAGAAUUCAAGUCAGUUUACGUGUGGAGUCCUGUGCCGAUGGUUCGAGGAGUGCUUGCACGUCGGCUCAGGCUGGGAAACCGAGAGCUGCAGUAUCACCCAGACGGGAUGCGUGUGUCCCAACACGGUGCCUCCGGUCUCCCUACUGCCCACUGCUCCCCACAACCACUCUUUAGACCCCAGCGCGAGCGUGUUGCAAUCCCCACCCGACGACUGUUGUGUCACACAGCUGCAUUCAAAGAACGGCAUCGCUAUAGCACCCAGGGAUGUCCGGCAAGAACCUGAUGAUGAUGAGCAGAAGGUGAAGACACAAAGGCCGCGAUCAGCUGACCAGCCGGGUGUGUUCCAGGCCCAAACAGGUGACCCAGCAGCAGAGGAGUGGUCUCAGUGGAGCGUAUGUUCGCUGACAUGUGGGCAGGGUUGGCAGGUUCGCUCUCGUUCAUGUGUAUCCUCUCCAUACGGGACCCUCUGCAGCGGCCCACUGAGGGAAACCCGACUCUGCAACAACACUGCCACCUGCCCAGGUGAGCCGCAGCAUCAAGCAGUGCAUGGGCUGUGGGAGGAGUGGUCUUCAUGGAGCCUGUGCUCAGUCACGUGUGGCCGUGGCACUCGGACCCGGAGUAGGAUCUGUGUGCUCCCCCAGCAUGGAAGCAAGGGCUGUGGAGGGCCCGAGGUGCAAACCAAACUCUGCAAUAUAGCUGUGUGCCCCGUGGAGGGGCAGUGGUUGGACUGGGCCGCCUGGUCUCAGUGCUCUGUUUCCUGCGGCUCCGGCACUCAGCAGAGGCAGCGGCGUUGCAGUGUGUCAGUUCAUGGCUGGGCAGAGUGUAAGGGGCCACAUGCGGAGAAUCGUGAGUGCACCAACCCAUCUUGUGGGGGUGGAGGAAACUGGGGUGCUUGGAAUCACUGGAGCUUGUGCUCCAAGACCUGUGACUCUGGUUGGCAGCGGCGGUUCCGUAUGUGUGAAGGCACGGGAAUCCAGGGUUACCCUUGUGAAGGCUCUGGAGAGGAAGUACACUCCUGCAAUGACAAGAAGUGCCCAGCACCUCAUGAAAUAUGUAAGGAUGAGUACCAAGUAGCCAUGACAUGGAAGAGAGCCUCAGCUGGAGAGACGGUAUACAACAAGUGUCCAUCAAAUGCCACUGGAUCUGCUAGUCGUCGUUGUUUGCUGGACGCAAAUGGAGUUGCUUACUGGGGUCCUCCGAGCUUCGCCCGAUGUGUCUCACUCGAAUAUAGAUAUUUACAUUUAUCUUUGCGAGAACAUCUUGCGAAGGGUCAGAGGACCCUGGCAGGGGAGGGCAUGUCUCAGAUCGUGAGGAGUCUCCUGGAGUUAAUGUCCCGUAAGAAUUAUUAUAGCGGCGACCUCUUAUUCUCUGUGGAGAUUCUCCGAAAUGUGACGGACACCUUCAAGCGAGCAACCUACAUCCCAGCUCCUGACGACGUGCAGAAAUUCUUCCAGAUUGUCAGCUUAAUGUUGGACAUUGAAAACCUUGAGAAGUGGGAAGAUGCUCACCAGGUCUCUCUGGGAUCUGUGUUACUGAUGCAAGUUUUGGAAGACUUUAUUCAUCUAAUUGGAGAUGCUCAAAAGCCAUUCCAGAGCUUUCUGGUCGUCACCAACAACCUCAUAAUCACCAUCCAGCGAGAACCAGUUUCGGCUGUUUCCAGUGACAUCAACUUCCCCAUGAAGGGGAGGAGAGGAAUGAAAGACUGGGCACGUUCUGCAGAUGACAAGCUCUUCAUCCCCAAAGAAGUCUUCACCCUGUCCUCUGAUGAAUCAGAUGACACACCGUAUUUCGUCAUUGGAGCCAUUCUGUACCGCACCCUUGGCCUCAUAAUGCCCCCACCAAAGGAUCCAUUCGUCAUCAUCUCGAAGAUUCUGACAGUGACGGUACGUCCUUUACCCAAGCCCACCGAGCCCUUGGUAUCAGUAGAACUUGCCCCUUUGCUCAAUGGCACAACAGAUCCUCAGUGUGUUGUCUGGGACUACGGAAACCCAGAGGCUGGCGAAGAAAACUGGGACGCAGAGGGCUGCCAAACGCUCCCAUCGCCGACAGUCUCCCACACCAAAUGUCUGUGCAGCAAGCUGUCCACCUUUGCAGUGUUAGCGCAGAAAGCUAAAGAACCGGGUAUGGGGCCGUCCAGUAUACCGUCUGUGCCCCUCAUGGUGGGCUGUGGCAUAUCCUGUACGGCUCUUCUCAUUCUGCUGCUCAUCUACGCUGCCUUUUGGAGGUACAUUCGUUCAGAGAGGUCCAUCAUCUUGGUGAACUUCUGCCUGUCCAUACUGGCCUCCAAUGUGCUGAUACUGGUGGGACAGUCCCAAACUCUCAGUAAGGGACUGUGCACUGUGACGGCUGCCUUUUUGCACUUCUUCUUUCUGGCCUCUUUCUGCUGGGUACUGACAGAGGCAUGGCAGUCCUACCUGGCUGUGAUUGGCAAGAUGAGGUCCCGCCUCAUUCGCAAGCGUUUUCUGUGCCUGGGCUGGGGUCUUCCAGCCCUUGUGGUCGCUGUAUCUGUGGGUUUUACCCGGGCCAGAGGUUAUGGCACGUCAAGUUAUUGUUGGUUGUCGCUGGAAGGAGGGCUGCUCUAUGCUUUUGUCGGUCCCGCUGCUGUCAUUGUACUGGUGAACAUGCUUAUUGGAAUAGUGGUCUUCAACAAACUCAUGUCUAGAGAUGGCAUCUCAGACAAGUCCAAAAAGCAGAGAGCAGGUCCACCAUUGGAAGCGCGUAGCAGGCUGCUCCUGAAAUGCUCCAAGUGCGGUGUGAUCUCCAGUACUGCCCUGUCCAGCUCUGCCGCCAGCAGCGCCAUGGCAUCGUUAUGGAGCUCUUGUGUGGUUCUCCCUCUGUUGGCACUCACAUGGAUGUCAGCUGUGCUAGCCAUCACAGACCGCCGAUCAACUCUCUUCCAGGUGCUCUUUGCGGUCUUUGAUUCAGUCCAGGGAUUCGUCAUCAUCACCGUGCACUGUGCCAUGCGCCGAGAGGUGCAGGAUGCUGUGCGCUGCAGGAUGGGUGGUUGCAAAGAUGACAGUGAAAACUCUCCGGACUCCUGCAAGAAUGGCCAGGUGCAGAUCAUGAGGUGCCCGCACCGGCCCAGCCUCUACAGUCAGGAGCAGUGCGGCUCUCUCCGAUAUUCACCUGGGUGCUGCCAAGGCUGCCACCAAACCUGCCCCGCCCACCCUCCUCUAGCCUUGGCCAAUCACAGUCAUGGACAUAGCCAUAACCACACCCACAUUCUUCACCAGAACCACACUCAGACUCUAAACCACACCCACCUUCUCAAUCACAACCAUGCCCACAGCCUCAACGACAACCAUGUCCAUACUCUCAACCACACCCUCGACAAGAACCACACCCACGCCCUGAGCCACAACCACUUUCAUACGCUUAACCACAACCAUGCCCACGUUCUCCACCAGACGCAGAACCUUGUAUUGGAGCAAAACCACAUCACUACGGACUUUGAGAAAGACGUGGAUUUGGCGUGUCAAACAGAAAGAGGACACCCAUUCAUCUUUAAGGAGGUAAACACCUGUAACCCUGCUACCAUAACUGGCACUCUAUCCCGCAUCUCUCUGGACGACGAGGAUGACCCCAAAUUGGCGGCUCAUCAGGAAGGCGUUAAUUUCAGCAGCCUGCCUGGGAACAUCCCACCCCCUAACCUCCUGGUGCAGGUACCUCCUUUGGGUCCCCUGAAUGAGCUAAGCGAGCAGCCACUAAAGAAGGAGGUUAAUGUGGAGCAGCAAGGUCAGCAUCAACAAUCUGGACCCAUCUACCUGUGCACCGAGAGUGGGCUGGGUUGGGCCCGACCAAACCCUUCUUCCACCCAGGAUUCAGCUGGUGGCAGAGGUGGGGAAGGGGACUACAUGGUGUUGCCUCGUCGGACAGUCAGUCUCAAGCCCCCUCCUCCAGCCCAGGAUGAGGGGAAGCCCCUGAACAUUACAAUGGAUGACCCUCCCUUUCCUCCACCCCCUUCACCCUUGACUCUGCAUCCAGCAGAGAGUGAGGCAUACCCUGCAGACUUUACAGCUGUGGACCAUAUCAGCAUGAACCUAAACCGCUCCUACAGCAUGCUCAAACAGUUGCCGGCCUACACUGGGCACACGCACUCCCACACCAACACCCACACCCUACAGGUCAAGCAGAAUCGUCCCUCUGUCCGGCAGAUCCUCACCUCGGGAACAGUGGAGCGCACCAGAACCCUUCCCCGUAACCUGGGCAGCACCAACACCAGCCACUCGGCUGGAUCUUUGGAAAGAAAAAGAGUACGGUACUCUGAGCUGGACUUUGAGAAAGUGAUGCACACUCGCAAAAGACACUCAGAGCUCUACCAUGAACUCAACCACUCCACCAAGUUCCACACCAUAGACAGGUAUAACAGGGACCCUGCCAUGUCCUCCUUCAAGGUUCCUCCUCCACCUCCACCACGGCAAUCUGAGCCUUUAACACGGAAAAUGAGCUACGUUUACAAAGAGAGCCAAUGUAAGCAUGUCAACCAAACCCUGUAUUCCCAGCCCCAUGUGGUAGGGCCCUGAUUUAUAGAGGCUCUCAUUGGUGCAGUGUAAACCCUCACUUGUAGAGUUAAGUGGUGUAGAGGACUAAAUGUUGGAUGUUUGUUCACGUUAGGCUGAUUUUUUUUCCCGUUAACUCAGCGUGGAAUAAUCCAUUCAGUGUUGUGAUGUACUGUUGUAAAUCUCACAGCCUUGUGCUGUCAUUGUGCUUGUGCUGGAGCUAUUUUAAACCCUUAAAAUUUUUUUAAACCAAACUGUACAUAUAAAUACUUAUA